AAGUUGGGUUCAUAAAAAAAAAUGAGUGAAUAUAGUAUUGUGCCGCGAACAAGGACGGAAUGAUUUCAUGUUUGUUUAUUUUACCAGCUGGCGCGUGGAUGGGAUCGUUCCCAUCGAUAGAAUGAGUCGCAUACGAUGAGAUAACGUGCGGCGAAUUGGGAUUGCGCCUGAAACGCGACCGGUGUGGAUUGUUCAAAUCUAAUCGAAUAAAAAACAACAAAACAAUAACAGAAGAAUUCAGUGCAGCUUAUUGAAUGACUUUGUUAGCGUAACCUCUAUUUUGGGAGUUUCCGAGAAGAACCAACAAGAAAAGUGAACCACCACGUUAAAUAAAUUGACGCGUUCGUUAUCGGGAAAAUUGAUUUCGGUGUGCGAUUAUGGUAAUUUCAUAAGUUCUAGGUGAAAAUCGGAGGAAGGAAUUAAUUAUAAUCAAAUCUAAAUAAUGAAUUUGCCCUCACUCGUCGGCUGUCUGAUAUCAAGGAAAGGAAACCAAACAGUCUCAUAUCAACCGCCACACGAAAUAGAUGACGAAUUUGCUAAGUGGAUGAAUGAAUAUGAACCGCUCGUCGUCACCCUCUGCCAGUCAUUAGCUACGGAGAGCAGGGUGCCAGCAAGGCUUUGCACCAUCUAGAUGUAACAUUUCCUUCCUAGUGCUCAUCGCGCGUGGUGUCGUUCUCGUCGUGCAUUCAUUCAGUGUGUGUUAUGUUCGGAACGAGGGGUCCAUCUACUUGUUGUGGCAACCACCAAUACGAGAAGAUACGACGAAGAGGGUAAUAAUGUAAUAAAUUUUUGUGGAAAGUACAAUUUCGUGACAAUCGGCAAUAAAAACAUUUCAAACAAAGAAAACCAAAAGUGUAAAAACCGGUAGAACAAGCGAAAGCAGAAAAUAAAACGGAAAGGAAAUAUCUCCACCCCGCAUUCAUUGCUCCCUUCUUGAAUGAGAACCGGAAGCACCUUCCCCCGUCACCCAUCGACAAUCCACAGACGGCAUUGUCGGCUCCAAUCCUACUGCCAGCUGCCGUCGGAAAGUGUGAGAGAGAAAUAUUUAUUAUGCAAGGAUAAAGUGAAGUGAGAAAAUUCAAAGUGUUUUAUUUUUCCUGCACUCGUUCGCACUUUCUGUCUCAAUUCUGGCACUGGUUCUGUUUUACUUCGUCUUGGAUUGGUGCACCGAAAUCCAGAACCAUUCACACAAUUUGGAUAGUAUGGUUGCUUAUCCUUCACCGUGGUAGAACCACCACUAGCAGCAACAACGCCAUCAUCAUCGUCGUCAUUAGAGGAGGAACCGCCGGUACUACUCAUCAGGUUCACUUGCAAACGUGCAAAUACUGGGACCAGAACUAAAGAUUGUGUGGUAUGCUGCCACGGGAAAGAGUUCGGAUAACUACGAUAUUCGCUUAAGUACGAUCAUACUCGCCAACCUACACAACGUUCUACUUAAGUACGUACUCAACAGCUUAGAGUUUCUGCUCCUACCCCACACGAGGAAAGGAAAAAAAAACUCCCCAACAGGAAAGGAAGGGUCUGCUCGAGUGUUGGCAUGAAAGCAUUAAAAUCGAGUGCAAUGCUGCUUGCAAGUGUUUUACUGAUUUUAAAUGGAUUUCUCAUCACAAGCACGCACAGCGAGGAAGAAGAGCCUGUAGACGACAACAAUUCUUACCUUUUAGACAAAGAUUUGCCAAAGUUUGGCGAGCCGAUCCAGAAUCUAACCGUUGCAAUUGGUAGAGAAGCAAUACUGAUUUGCGUGAUUGAUAAUCUUCAAACGUAUAAGGUCGCUUGGUUAAGGGUCGACACCCAAACGAUUCUAACGAUACAAACUCACGUGAUCACUAAGAAUCACCGAAUGACGAUAACACACGUAGAGGGCCGCAAAUGGGUGCUGCGGAUAAAAGACGUCAAAGAGUCCGACAAGGGAUGGUACAUGUGCCAGGUGAAUACUGAUCCAAUGCGAAACCAAAUUGGCUUCCUGAACGUUGUAGUGCCACCCAACAUCCUGGACUAUCCCACAAGUACGGACAUGGUGGUGAGAGAGGGUAGCAACGUGACACUGAAAUGUGCAGCGUCAGGAUCCCCUCAGCCGGUUAUCAUAUGGCGAAGGGAGGGAAACGAGCCAAUUAGUUCUGAAGCUUCCAGUCAUAACACGUCAACGUUUUCCAUUCCACGGGUCAAUCGGUUGGACAUGGGAGCCUAUUUGUGCAUCGCAUCCAACGGAAUUCCUCCAUCAGUCAGCAAACGUGUGAUGCUGAUAGUGCACUUUGUUCCCAUGAUUUGGAUACAGGACCAGCUGGUGGGAGCAGCACUAGGCCAGCGUCUAACUCUCGAAUGCAACUCUGAAGCCUUCCCUAGAUCAAUCAAUUACUGGAUGAAGAACGAAACAAUCAUAACUCAAGGCAGACGGUUUGAACCAACAAUGCACGAGGCUAGCAAUUACAAGGUGGUGAUGAAGCUAACGAUAAAGGAAAUCGACAUCGGCGACUUUGGCACAUACAAAUGUGUGGUCAAGAACUCCCUAGGCGAAACGGAUGGAUCAAUCAAAGUGUAUCAUAUCCCGUCAACCACGACUACACCAACGAGUCCUUCGACGACUACAACGUUGCCAACUACAAUGGACAUUCCAUACCGAAAAAAUUACAAGAACAAAAUUUGGCCAAUGGAUGAAUACGCGCCUUCUAAUAAGAUUCUUUCAAGUGACAGUAGUGAUUCAUGGAACAUAGAAUUAUCGAAAGAUAAAGAACGAUACAGGGAAAACUCCGCUACGCUUGAAGACCAGCGUGAAAAAGAAGCGUUUGUAGACAAUGACACAAAAUCGAACGCUUCCUCUACGUUGAAACUCAACCUUAAGGACUUGACUUUACUUCUCGCGUUGCUUAUGAUGAUUAACUUUAGGUGAUUGGUUCAGCACUAUCAGUGAUAUGAAACACAAAACAAAUUUAUGCCGAAAAAGAAAAUCUAAUUAAAUUGAACUAUUUACUUGAAGAUAAUCCAAAUCAGAUGCGUACUUGAGCGAUUUCGGUUAUGCAACAGGAAACAUAAACAAGAUCUGAACAAAACACAAAUAGAAAAGCAUAAGUAAGGAAUUAAUGUUAUACAAUAAAGGUAAUUAAAUUUUAUAAUAAAAUGAGA